CUGCGGGGUCCGGGGGGUCUCGGGGGGGUCCCGGGGGUCCCAGAGCAGCGGCGGCGGCUGCCGUGACGUCAGCGAAGGGGGGCGGAGCCCCGCCGUAUAAAGCGGCGGGGCUGCCGUGAGCAGUUCAUUCAUAAAACCGGAGACCGGGGGAGCGGCGGGAGCGUCACCGGGGCUCGGAGCGGACGUGCCGGAGCCUGGGAAGGGAUUUACCGGAGCUUGCAGCGGCCGAGCGGAACUUUGUGUCUGGGAACCGGAGCUUGGGACGGAUGUACCGGGGCUCGUAGCGGCGAACCGGAGCCUGGCGCGGGCGCACCGGGGGCUGUGUACCGGCCAACUUUGGAGCCCGGGACGGGCGCGGCGGGACUUUGUACCGAGCAACCGGAGCCUGGGGCGGAUGGAGCGGGGUGUGUAGGGGCGCAGCGGGGUUUUGGAGCGGCGGACCGGAGCCUGGCACGGAUGUACCGGAGCUUAUAGCGGAGAGCCGGAGCCUGGGACGGACACAGCGGCGUUUGGUACCGGCCAGCCGAGGCUCGUAGAGGCGCACCGGAGCUUGGCACGGAUUUACCGGAGCUUACAGCGGCUCCCCGGGACGUUGCACCGGCGAACCGGAGCCUGGCACGGACAUACCGGCGCUUCUAGCCGCGAACACUCGCUCGGACCGGCGACCCGGAGCCUGACCGGACACCCGGGGCUCAUCGCACCGAACCGGGGCUUGCGACAAAACUCCCUGCGAGCCCCUCCGGGCUUCCACGCGCUUAUCCCCCCGGAGCCCGCAACCCCUCCGGAGGUCCCCGUGAUGCCGGUAGCGGCGUGACCCGCAGCCUUGUCGCGGCGGGGCGGCCCCCGCGCCCCCGGGGCCAUGUUCCAGGGCUUCCCCGGGGACUACGACUCGGGGUCGCGCUGCAGCUCGUCGCCCUCGGCCGAGUCCCAGUACCUGUCGCCGCUCGACUCCUUCGGGAGCCCCGCGGCCGCCGCGGCCGCUCAGGAGUGCAGCGCCCUGGGGGACAUGCCCGGCUCCUUCGUGCCCACGGUGACGGCCAUCACCACCAGCCAGGACCUGCAGUGGCUGGUGCAGCCCACGCUCAUCUCCUCGGUGGCCCCGGGGGCCCCCAUGGCGCAGCCGCCCCCCCUCGACCCCUACGACCUCCCCGGGCCCAGUUACUCGACCCCCGGCCUGGGCGCCUUCGCGGGACCCCCGGCCCCGGCCCCCGCCCGCGCCCCCCGCGCGCGGCCCCGGCGCAGCCGCGAGGAGACGCUGACGCCGGAGGAGGAAGAGAAGCGCCGCGUGCGGCGGGAGAGGAACAAACUGGCGGCUGCCAAAUGUCGCAACCGGCGCCGGGAGCUGACGGACCGGCUGCAGGCGGAGACGGACCAGCUGGAGGAGGAGAAGGCGGAGCUGGAGUCCGAGAUCGCGGAGCUGCGCAAGGAGAAGGAGCGCCUGGAGUUCGUGCUGGUGGCCCACGCGCCCGCCUGCAAGGUCCCCUUCGAGGACAUCGGCGCCGUGGGGCGCCGGCCCGGCCGAGAGGGAGCCACGUGUGGAGCCUCGCACCAGCGGAGCAGCAGCAGCGACCAGUCCUCGGACUCCUUGAAUUCUCCCUCGCUCCUCGCGUUGUGAACGGGGGUGUCCCCCUCCCCUGGUCCCCCUCCGAGCCCCCCGAAAACGGGCACCUCCUCCUGCCCCCCGCCGCGCCUCGGGGCUGGGUUUUGCCCGCCCCACCCCGUCCCCUUUUUUGGGGUUUUUUUCCGGCUCCGGUGGGGUUUUUUUGGGGGGAGGUUGGGAGGGGUUUUUUGGGGUUUUGGCGCCUGGAGGUGGUGGCCGUGACGGGGCCCCAGCGUUGCCGUGGCUGUUCGGAGGUGUCUGUUCCCGGUCCCCGUCACCUCGUGGGGGUUCAUCCAGGAUCUCUGUCCCCUCGCGAGCUAUCCCUGCACCAUUCCCGCUGCCUGGAGAAGCCUCUCGUGGUGUCCCUGUCACCUCAGAGGUGUCCAUCCCCCAUUUCAUGGGGUUCCUCCAGGAUCUCCACCCCAUUGGAGAUGUCCCUGCCCGUUUCUCACUGCCUGGAGAAGGUUCUGUGUCACCUCAGAGGUGUCCGUCCCUCAUUUCAGCGUCUCCACCCCAUUGGAGAUGUCCCUGCCCCAUCUCCACUGCCCGGAGAAGCCUCUAGUGGUGUCCCUGUCACCUCAGAGGUGUCCCUCCCUCAUUUCAUGGGGUUCAUCCAGGAUCUCCACCCUUUUGGAGAUGUCCCUGCCCCAUUUCCAUUCCCCUGGGAAGAUCUUUUUGUCCUCUCCGUCACCUUUGGAGGUCCCUGUCCUCGAUCCUCGCCGUCCUGUGGGACUUUAGGCAGCGUCUCCGUCCCUUUGGUGACAUCCCCGUGCCAUUCCCACCACCUGGAGAAGGUCUCUGUGGUGUCCCUGUCACCUUGGAGGUGUCUGUCCCCGAUCCCUGUCAACCCCAGGGGGUUCCUGCCACAUCUCCAUCCCUCUGGAGAUGCCCCAGCCUGGUCCUGGUGGUACCUGUGACACCUGAGGUGUCCCCAAUCCCCUGCUGAAGGGUCCCGGUGCCAUCUCCAUCCCUCUGGAGAAGCCAUCGCUGUGUUCCCGUGCCCCCGAGAAGGUCCCUGUGUCAUUUCUGUCCCACUGGAGAGGUCCGUGUCCCCCACCCCCGCUCUGAGGGGCUCCACGGGCCAUCUCCCCCCCCUCGGAGGUGCCACUCUUGUCACCUCCACGACCCCCCAUGUCCCCCUCGGGGGUCCCUGGGCCUCCAGGUGACCCCUCCAGGUCACCUCCUUCUCUUUGGAGCUGCUCCUCUGUCACCUCCGGGACCCCCGCGUGCCGUCCCCGUCCCCCGCCAGGGUCACCCCUCCUCCAGGUGACACCUCCAGGUGGGCUCGCCCGUCCUGCUCGUCCCGCCCGUCCCCGCCUGUCCCUGCCCUGUCCCCUUCAGCUUCGCCGGCCUUGGCUCCGCCCCCCCGGUAUAUAAAUCUAUUUUUGUUGCGCGGGAGAUGUUUAAUUUUUUAUUAUUAUUAUAACGAGGAUAAUUAUUGUCGCCCUGUGCCGUGUUCGUGCCUGUCCGGGGCCACCCCGGGCCCCCCGUCCGCGCUCGUCCCACCCCAAAUGUGGCCAAUAAAGCAGCUUCCAGCGGC